AAAGCCAUAUCUAUGCGCUGUCAAACACGAGUAGCCCAAGUUAUACAAUACAUUUAUUUCGUAUUUUUGUUCUAUUAUAUUAUUGUGAAUUUUUGCUGGCCAAACAUCAAAUUAUCGUUAUCUAAACACAAUAAAAAUUUCCCAUAAUCCUUUCGGAGGAGUGAUAUGUCUAUGAAAAGGCCCCAAUUUGUCACCGAUCCAUCAGACAGUUCCCUUAUACAUGAUCCCGUUUUACGGAAGCGUACUGAAACGCCGCGGCGUAGUGUCAGACAAGAAAAGCUGGUGACAACGCUGACGCCAAGAUUUGUGGAUAAAAGUCCACUUAUUCCGGAUAAAACAACUAAAGUCGCCAUUUUCAAUAGCAGUGGUGAAAAAACCGAAGCCUCCAACACAUUCAGCAUAUUAACUGGGGGAUGUGUAAAUACUGACACUGAGAGCGUACACAUGGCACCCAGUGUGAACCAACUUAGCAGAGGAACAGGAUACAAUGUGAACAGUUGGAUGGCUCUAAACCGAAUUGGAACAAUGGAAGCGAGUGAUAUAAAAGCUCGCGAUCAUGGCGAUGGAGUCGAUGUAAGUUUGAGUAAAUUAUAUUAUUCAUCUGGCGAUAGUACCCCUCGAGAGGCAGAAACAAAGCUGAAGAAACCAAGUGGCAAGUACCCGAUUAAACGAAGCAGAACUAGGUUAGCAAUAGUGCGAAAGAAGCAUUCUAGAACAGAUUUAAGACCGAAGAUCCCCGAUGAACAUAAAAGUAAGAAUAAGGAGACAUCCACUGAAUCCAUUAUACAGAGCCAUGCAACUACUCAAACUGACCACAGAUUCGCAUAUUGCCGAAAGUGCAGCCAAUACAGUAGUAAUCCAAUCCCAAGUGCAACCAAUUUGGAUAAGAAAAACUUAAAACCCGUACAAUAUCCUGGGGUAGAACAAAGAGUCAACACCUCAAAAUCCCCUAAUGCAUUUUGCACGGCGGUAAAUGUAGCUUUGCCGACACCUAAAACUCUCAACACUGGGGAACCCUCAAACGAAGCAUUAAAGAUUGCCAGUUCUGCAGAUCUAGUUAAAAGCAAGAGAAAUUCGAACGCAAAGCGGCAUACAUCUGAGAAAACGGAAGCAAUCCAUCAGGAAAUCAUGAAUUUAAAGAAAGCUGUUGAACAAUCUCACACCAAGAAAACUUCAAUUUUAAAUGGUACGUUACCAAUCAAGACGGGAGAUAUCUAUCGGGAAAUCAAAAGAGCGAACAGGAACGGAUCCUUGCGUUACAUACUGUCUAUGCUCGUUUUCGGUGUUUUAUUGUUCUGGUUGGUAUCAUCGAUGUUUCAUUUUGAUUUACUUCUGGAUAUAUUUCGAACAAUCGGGAGAUACCUUGCAUCCUUGCCUAUUUUUAUAACACGUCGUAAAAAGGAAUUAAGUAAAAUCGAAGUUGCGGUGAAAUACGCGGGAAGCUUCGCAAGAAUAUUAAGAACUAUUCUAGUUGGAACGCCCAAUCCAGGAAGAUAUUGAGGCGGUGUGUGCACUCGGUUAGGAUCCAUUCUAGAGAAGAUACUUGUUUUAGUCAAGCAUUUGUGAAAGAACGAAAAAAAGCUUUUCCUUGUUUUUAAUAUUAUCAUAUCAAAAAAUAUAAGUUUAUCAUAUAUUG